AAAACAAGUAGCUAUGAUCUUUGACAUUUGGGUGACAAAGGAGGAGAAUGUGAGGUAGGGUACAUGCUUGUAAGGGAAGCUGUAAAUCUUGUGCUAAUCUGUUUGUGUGCUUGUUUUACUUGACACACUUCUCAGUACGACUUCCUCAGGUGUGCUCAGUGAGUCAUGUCGGCUACUGUUGAAAGAAAUCAACAAAACACAUUCAGCUAUGAGUUUGGUUUUUUACAACUAUAGUCAAGAAAAAACAUAUGAAUGGACACAUAGAGGAAAAAAACAGGCCCUAACACUAGAUAGAAAAAAAUCCUCAGUAAUGACUGGGGCAGUAAGAGCUCAAAACUCCUGGGCAGCUUGAACAGCAACAUUGCACCUCCUAUGACUUAACCAAAGAAGUAAAAACAAAAAGAAAUACAAAUAUAUAUGUUCAUAUUAGUCCUGAUGGUGUGAUGUUUAGAGACUUUUGUCUUUCUUAGCAACUCACGGACUCUUUAAUCCAGGUAAGCUCAUGAUGCUUCUUUAAAUCCAUCCAAGCUGUUGUGUGCCUAUACUUAACAGCCCUACUCAGCAAAUGUGGGUCAAAAGAUGCACAGUGAAGGAACCCAGUAGCUGCUAGUGCAGUUCGAACCUUCAAGUGGUUAUAUAUUUACAGUAAAUGUUUUAUAGAGGGCUUAGGUGGACUAAAACUUAACUGGAUAAGAGCGGGAAGAAGUAAGACGUUUUGAGGACUCAUUAAGAAUAUGGAACUCCACCAAGGCCUCAUGGAGAGUGAUUGGAGCCAGCAUUUCAGCAAUCAGCCUCCAGUGGAGUGUGACACAAGUUCAGACCUUCAUCUUCUCUUCAGUGAGUUGAAAAGCAGCUCUGGGAGGCAGGAUGGGAACUCAGAUCCAUACAGCCGCAUCUGGACCCUCACUGAGCAACCGAGAAUCACAAGUUGUAACAAUCACUCGUAUUCCAUGGAUGCUAGGUUAAGACUAAAUAACUUGAAGGCAGGGUGUAAUUCAUUGCUGCCUUUUCCAGCCGUGGACGGGAUAUUGUACAACUAUAAUUGUCAAAAAGACCUUUGGAAGAAGGAGGAUCCAGAGGAAGAAGAGUCUGCCUUGGAUUUGGUAGAGCUCCUUGAUGUAGAGGAGGAUGUGAAUGAUGAAGAGAGCUGGUUAUAUGAGUCUCCAAAGAAGCCGGUGUUUGAGGAGAAGACUGAGUCUGCUCUCACAUGGUGUCGACAAGUCCUGGAUAACCCCAGUCCUGAGGUGGAGGCAGCAUGUCGCCAACUGAUAAAUAGACUGGAUGAAAGAUCAGGCAGUCACUCCUACAGACGUCCUGCAGUUCUCCCACAUACUGGGGAUGUGACUGUGGGCACCUCUUUGGAUAAAACACCUGUCAGCUCAACAACGAAUCCCUCUGAUGUUUUAGAUAUCAAUGAGCUGAGCAUCUCCAAUGACUUCACAACCACAAGGUACAGACUGCGCAACAUCACAGAUGUGCGAACAAUGGCUCGUUUACAGGAAGCCAGUUUAAGACAGGACUUUGUUUCCACACCAGCCACUGCUCUAAGAAGGAGCCCUGAGUCAACAGUGAUGUCGCCAUCCUAUUCUAACACCACCUUCGAAAAUAGUGAUGACUUCACUCCAGGAAGUCAAGCCGAGGCUUCCUCUUCCUCUUGCUGGCUACCCGGUCUGCUGUCGCUGAGCUCAUCCCCGUGUCAGUCUCCAGCAUCAGGAGGCAAACAGGGUUGUCAAAGUCCAAAACUGGCCAGACUUCAACAGCAAGUCACCCAGUUCAAGCUGCUAAAGCUCGCUCAGAAUCAAGCAACAUCAACAGGCAGAACCAGGCAGACCAGCCUGCGCUCUCUCCAGGCUGUGAGGAACAACCGAAGUUUAGACACUGACGGCUGUGGACCUGCUGAUCAAGACAGUCAUCCAACAUCAGGUCCACCACCUGCCAUAACAGGGUCAGGUUUCUGGUCCCCAUCACGUUCUGGAGCACAGAAGAACUCCAGUGGCUCAGUGCACUCAGGGGUGGACGUCUCAGCUCGGAUGAAGAAGCAGCAGAGGUCUCAGUCUGCCAGCCCCUGCAGGAUCCCUCACUCCGCCAUGGGAUACCUGUCGUUCAGUGGACGUGUUUUUGCCUCACCCGAGAGGUCAGCCUCUUUGGCUUGGGGCAGAAAUGUUCCAUCCACUCGAAGGUGAAAGUUUUUACAAGUUGAUUACCUCGAUGGUGAUGUAACAUUAAAGUAGGAUUUAAACAUCAAGACAUUUUUUUGGUAUUAAACCACUUUAACAGUAUGUAUUAAUAUUUACGUUCUAUGGUUUUAUCCUAUAAGGAGUGUAGGAUUUUGAAGGAAUUCAUGAAGUCAUCUUUAUCUGUGAGGCCAGGUUUGAGGCCUGGUUUAUCAGGACUUAGCGUUAGUUUAAAAUUCAGGUCAAAAGUUUGAGUUUACAGUUUUUAAGUUUGACUGAAACUCUCAAUUGUUUAAUUUAAGCAGAGGUGAUUCAAAAUGAAACAUCUUGCAGCCUGUUGAACUACCGGUAUGUGUUAAUGAGGUCAGAUCGGGCAGGUAUUACGAGGUUAACUGGUUUACAUUUUUGUAAGUUAUCAGAAAUAUCUCUUAAGUCUCGUCUGAAAUUGAUAGAGUCAGUGAAGUGAUGCUAAGGUUGGUGUAAUAUGAUCAAUUGUCAUUUAAAAAAAAAAGGGGAACAAUAUGGAUAUGUUAGAAACAUUGUACCUUGAAUACAAAUAUCUACACCAACAUGAGUCUACCCUAUUAUUUUUUAUUGCAGUUUUAAGUGUUUUCCUAAAUCGUUUUUUUAAUCUAACUCUACUUUCCAAAGAGCAGAUCAACAGUUGUCCUGUCAUUAUCCUGAAAUCAUCUUCUGAGGUGACCAUGAAUGCUGAAGCAUGUUGUCCAAUGCAACUUUCACAAUGUUAUUUCUUUAAUUCAUAGCAAAUCUAUUAAACUUCUGUUCAGCUCUGUUUGA